CAUGAUUAGGGGUGCUAUGGCCUAGGGACCCCCUUUUUUCUUUGUUAGCUUUCGAUAAUUAGAAAGGGAUUAAGGAGAUUAUUAGAAGGAAUUAAGCAAUGGAAAGUGGCAGUAGUAGUACUGUAGUUAUUGUGCUGCUGGAUAAUGAAUGGAUUGGCAGCUGCCUGCGACAACUGUCGAGCAUAUCUAUCAAAGAGAUGUUUACUUUGGCUUUUGAUUUCUUCUCUUUUUGGUUUUGAGCCGUGAAAGAUAGAUACAGAGAGCUGUCGGUUUAUCAUGGUUUUAAUCAAACGGCAUAAUUUGGAGUUUUCCCUCAUUAUUUUAAUUCUUUCUGGGCUUCAUUAUUUUAGGAGUGAUUACCCAUUACCCUAAAAAAAUUCAAAAACUAAAAAAACCUACAAAAACUCAUGUUUACCACAUCUGGUACAAAUAAAGAUUGUCCGAUUCAUAUAAGAAGUGGUAAGAUACAAAAUUGUUGUGGAGUCUAGUUGGACCGAUCAAUCGUCCAACAUCCGAAAUUGUCAUCAUACCAGUUUGAGAACAGAUCUCUGAAUUUUUUUCUUUGUAUAAGCUCUUAGCGGCAAGCGACUCUUGAUCCAUUCUCGAAUCACACCUCUCCAAACAUUAUGUGUUACGUCAAAUUAGGGAUGGCAACAAAAUCCGAACUCACGGGUACCCACCCGACCCAACCCAGUCAACGCGGAUAAAACCCGUGUUGACGGGUUUUGGGUCGGUUUCGAGUUUAAACCCGUUACACUAUUCACCGGGUCGGGUUAGGUUUGGGUUUAGGUAAACCCGCUCCAUGGGUACCCGCCCACACACAUAUAAUUACUUUUCCGGUAUAUUUAAUAUUCUAAAUAAUAUAUCUUCCUUAAACAACUAAUAUCUAUAUGUUUGUGGAGACAUGUAUAAUUUGUUCUUUCUAAUUGUUUAGAAUGAAGUUGAUAUUAUGAAGUGAAGAGUGAAGAAACUUAGCUGACGAGGAAGAAACUUUCAAUUAAUCUUAUUGUUUAUAUAUGUUUAUCUUUAAUUUUGAAUAAUUUGUAUUGAUCAUUUGCGCUUUGCUUGUAUGCUCUAGAUUGGUUGGGUUUGAGUUUGAGUUUUUCAAACCCAUGAACCCGCGGAUACACAGCGGGUUGGGUUUGAGUUUUUCAAACCCAACGGGUUUUACUCCGGAUUUUUUUGGCGGAUAAACCCAUGGAUUUGCGUUUGGGUUUGACAAAACCCGAUCCAACCCGACUCAUUGCCAUCCCUACAUAGAAUCAAUGAAGCAUCCGGGUUAACCGUGACCCAAUCCUUGCAAUACCGGUGCAUUGUGAUUCAAUUUGCAGGCAACUAUAUAUUGGGAUUUUUUGUUGUUGUGUGGUAAGAUGGUAAAAGGAACACAAGAAGAACGUUUGAUGAGAAGAUUGAUUGGCAUGUCGUCGGCUGGUCUGGCGCAGCGGCAUGCGUUUGCUGCUUUGCUUGUCUGUCUGUCUGUGUGGGCUUUCGGCCAACCACUUUUUACCCUUUUGGAACUUCACGCGAGGGCAGUCAGUUGAUCGAGCAGCAUGCAUGUUGUUAUGUUAAUGAGAAAACGAAUCAACAACCUUCAUUCUUUUCCAAGGAAUCGUUUCAAGCAAAAUAGAAUUUUGAUGAUUCUCGUUUUUAGCUUUGCUGCUUUGAUUUUUUUCUUAUUUUUUUUCCCAAUAAGAAAAAGGUAUAUUUGACAUGAACCAUAAUUAAAACGAUCAUAAGUCAUAACCAUACAUGUCUGAACACUGCAAUUCAUGAAGUUUGAGAUCCACUGUUGUUUGACAAUUCCUUGACCAGACAGCCAACUUUAGCAGCUCAAUGAAGGCGGCUUUGAAUUCAUGUUGUCUCUUGCGAUAUAGAGUGAAAUGAGACGCAGAGGCAGCUUCUUGAAUUCAUUGAUUCGUGAAUUCAUGAUGCAUUUUUGGUGGUGGUUUUUGUUGUUGGGCUACGUAGUCAUUAUUUUACAAGGUAUCAUUUAGAUCAAACCAAAAAGGAAUCGUAGCUGUUACUUGUGUAUAGCAUGGACCGACACAAAUUCCUCAUUCCAUUUACUUUUAAUUACUACAUCAAAACGUUUGGUUCUUGUUGUAAUAACAAUCAUUGAAAGUUACCAAAGCUGAAAAACCAUGGAUACAUUUGUAAUUCUUGGUGGGAUGCUCGUAAAACUCCAUUAUUUCAAUAGACAACCUAACGAUCUACUCAUAAAUAAAACUAACGAUUUAUACACAUUUUCAUGUUUUUUUGCGUGUAUUUUCGUGUCAUAAUAUUAAAAUAAUCUCGAGCCGAAUGUGUAACUAUGAUUAAUGUAUUCAAAAUCUGUCAUGUAACGUAUAAUUCAAGCAUCGAACGACUUCGCAUUUUUUUCUUCACGCAAAUUUAUGAGCUACAUAUUUGCAAGAAGCAAAACAACUAUUGAUUUUAAAAGAAACAUAGAGAUCAUCAUUGGUAAUAAUUUUCUGUAUGUUAAUUACUAGUUUCUGAAUGACAGGGGGGCUAGAAUUGAAAAUUGCAACAACCUAUUGGAAUUUAAUUUAACUCGUGUAUUCUUUGAUGAAGGGGAUCGAGAGAGUAACAACCUAUUACUUUUCAAUGUUUAAUUUCCAUAUACGAUCAAACAUUUCAUAACCUAGAAUCAGAUCGUACAUUAUGAACUACACGUAAAAUCCACCAACAACUAUUGUCUAUAUAUUUUCAUUUAGUAGAAUCACGAGCUUAUAGGGAGUCGAGUUUUUUUUUUUUUUUUUUUUUUACUCUGUCAUGAAAGAUCUUUUAGUGUUGUGGUAUAUGAUUUACGAUUGAACCUCUCCCAACAACUCGAGUUAUUGGGAUCAACGGAUUCUUGACAUGGUAUCAGAGCUUUCUGUGACCGAGAGGUCUUGUGUUCGAUUCCCGGUGACCCCAUUUGUUAAGCACAUGGUAUUCUUGUCUUCAGACCUGUGCAAACUUCAAGCCCUUGUGAGUGGCUUUCGUUUGAGGGGGCGUGUUAGUGUUGUGGUAUAUGAUCCACGAUUUAACCUCUCCCAACAACUCGAGUUAUUAGGAUCAACUAGUUCUUGACAAGAUCGACAUUUUAUAACCUAGAACCAGAAAGCGCAUUCUGAACUACAACGUAGGUAACACUCAUUAAUUGCUAUGUAUUUUUCCUUCGUCACUAACACAUGGUAGAUCAGUUUCAUCUCCACAUCAGGUACUUCUUCCCACCACUUGAUUCUAGCAGAUAAAAUGGGGAGAGGAGAGAGUUAAAAAGAACAGAGGGAGGAAGGGGAAGUGAGGAUUGCGUUUACGUGGAGCCCCAUGCACAGUGAAUUAUUAGAAGACCAAGGAAGGAAGGGAAUAACCGAAUAAGACGAAGGAAGGAAGGAAGGAAAGGAAAGAGGAUUCGCGCUUUCGCCUAGCCUAGUUAUCACCAACUCAACGCAAGAGUCAAACUCAAACAGUUCUUCUGAUGAAACGGAAAGUGGUGGAAAAUGAAAGGGUGGCAGAGUCAUCACUCACAUAUCACAUCGUUCCAAAAGGCAAAAGAUUUCUUCUACUGUGUGAGUUAUCUUUCGUUUCAGAUUGGGCUUCCCAGCUAGCUCAACAGUUCGCAUGCUUCAUAUUUCUCGCUAAAAUUACCUGACGGCUUCCGGGGGAGGAUUCCCAGAUUCCUUGUGUCCUCCAUCGAUCUUUCCACUGCUGUUUUUCCACCUGCUCCUUAUGACCGCAAUACCUCUCUCUCUCUCUCUCUCUCUCUCUUUCGAUUUACACAUUGGUCUGGCAUUUAGCUCCCUCCAUUGCUCAAUGCUCACCACCAAAAAAGAUAAGGAAAUCAAAUGGGCUGUUACCUAAACGAUCACUAAACCCUAGUUACUGUACUAAUUAAUUCGUAACUAGUAUAACUACGUAAGUCAUCGAACUUCAAUUCUCCAUAAUGUAUGUAUCAAAUUGGGUGUCAAAAGCCAAAUCCACGAGAACAUGGCCCCACGAGGGCGCGCGCACACAAUCCUCUGAUUCGCAACACGAGAAUUAUCUCUGUUACCGUCGGAUGGAUGGACACGACGGCGUUUGUAGAUAAAAUAUCACCACGCGCGUCCAAUCCAACAAUAUUAGAGCGUCCAAACACGUGAUCCGAUUGUUGAGUGUCCCGUGAACACGUUCUUGUGGGGGCACCAUAACCGGGUUUAAUCUAUACAACAAUAACUAUACUGUAGUGCGCGGGAAAAAAGGAAAGGAUAGAAAUUUGGAAACCGGGAAAUGGGAAAGACUGGAGUCAGUAGUGAUGGCAAUGGGGCAGGUCGCGGGGCGGGUCGACCCACUCUUACAUGUUGUUUGAAUAAAAUACACGCAAAUUUUACAUUUUACGAUAAAAUGAAGGGGGAAAACAAUUUAUGAAUGAAAAAUGGUGAUAAUAAAAUGAGUAAUUGAGUCUAACAAGUUGAAAGAUCGACUCUAACUAGUUGAAGAAAAGUCAAAAUAGGAUAAAUAUGCAUGGAUACCGUCAGAAAUUGAGACGAGUUCAGGUCGAGUAAUACCCACGAGACGCGAGUUCAAAAUGCCAUUACUACUGGAGGGUCGGAUAAUACCCGCCCUAUCACAAAUCAUGUCGGGUAAUACUCACGAGAGAAGCGAGUUCAAAAUGCCAUCACUACUCGGAGUGGUAGGGUCGAAAGAUGCAUCCACACGAUUUGGCAGAAAGGGCAAGGGAUGGUUGCAGUUGCAGGUAGGCAUUGAAUGGUCACUUUCAUUGCUGUUACUACCCACCACCACCACCUCUGCCUCUCUUCUCAGUUCUCAGUCCUACGGCUAAAAUCGCCUCGACUUCCUAUCGUCCCACUGUUCCCACCUCCCUUUUCAAAUAUAUACAAAAAUUUCCCCAACAAAGGGAAAAAAUAACAAGAUCUGAAAUCUCCCCGACACUUGUACACUGUACAAAUGCCCUCCCUGGCCGGGUUGGGUAAAAGUCUUAAAUAUUGUUAGCUUCCAGAUCAUACUUUCAUUUCAUAGCAGUAGUAGAACAGUAGCAUAGCAGAUGGACAUUAAUUUGCUUUGCUUGCAUUUGCAUGCAGCUGCUGCCAAUGGCUGUUGUUGUUGUUUUAUGAUUCAUGAGUAGUACCAAUCGUAACCAACCCAAGUUUGGUAACAUUUGUUGCCAUGGGAUUCCUCCAAAAUCAACGGGUAGUUCAUUAUGUUAGUAAGUAUUUAGUACUGUUAGUGUUGUGGUAUAUGAUUCACGAUUGAAACUCUCCCAACAACUCGAGUUAUCGGGAGCAACUGGUUCUUGACAUGGUAUCAGAGCCUUCUGUGACCGAGAGGUCUUGUGUUCCAUUCCCGGUGACCCCCAUUUGUUAAGCACAUGGUAUUCUUGUCUUCGUACCUGUGCAAACUUCAAGCCCUUGUGAGUGGCUUUCGUUUGAGGGGGCGUGUUAGUGUUGUGGUAUAUGAUCCACGAUUGAACCUCUCCCAACAACUCGAGUCAGGCCCGGCCCAGGCCCUGUGCUGGUCAGACCCACAGCACAGGGCCUCAUAAUUUUAAGGGCCUCGUAUGAUUCAUUUAAAUGGCAUGGGCCCAAGUUAUUAAUUCGUUGAUAUGGCCAGAAAAUUACAUGUGGGCCUAAGUUAAAAGAAAUAGUUAUUAACUCGUUUAUAUGGGCCAUGUAAGGAUUUAUGGGCCAAAUUUAAAAGAAAAUGAAUUAGUUAUUUUUUCAGUGGGUCCAAAUUAAAAAGAAAUUAAAUGGAUUUGUUGAUUUUUAAUGGACCUAAUUUAAAAGAAAGUGAAUAGAGUAGUUGGUCUUUUAAUAGGUCAUAUUUGUUCUAAUUUAUUGUGACAAAAUCAUGCAUAGUGCAGCCAAGAGCCACGGAAAAGAGGCUUUAAUCAUUUUUUAAAUGUAUGUAUUUAUUAUUAUUUAACAAUUUUUAUUUUUAAUAAAUUUACAACGAAAAAAUUUUAGGACCACAUUUUAAAAUUUUGAACAGGGCCUCGAAAUAUUAUGGACCGGCCCUGACUCGAGUUAUUGGGAACAACUAGUUCUUGAAAAGUACUUCUCGAGACAGAGGUUCAAGUGUUGAUGGUGGGAGAGUUGGGACAGGUGAAAGUGAGUUCAGAUAUUACAGGGCUGCAUGCAGUAAAAAAAAAAAAAGGAAUUAACUCACUUAGGUGAAGUAGGUGGCGAUGAAGACAAUUAAUUAAUUUUACCAUGCAAGGAAAGGAUCAAAGGAAACUAGGAAAGUAUCGGUUUCAUUAUUCGAUCUCCAUAUUUAUUACAGUAGGUGAUAGUAGCAGUAGUGGAUGAGUUUAAUUUCCAUUUUGAUUCUUCGAGAGCACCUAACCAUUUUCAAAAAGUUGGCUCCCUGCAUGCAAAAUCAAUCACGUCAUGCAAUACUCUAAAUCGAUGUACGUACGCUGGCUGGCUAGGGUGAAAGAGGAUUAUCAAGUGCAGUUGUUAGUAAACGGUAUAUAAUCCACGAUUGAACCUCUUCCAACAGUUUGAGUUAUUGGGAUCAACUGGUUCCUGACAUGGUAUCGGAGCCUUUUGUGACCGUGAGGUAUUCUGUUCGAUUAUCGGUGACCCCAUCUGUUUCUGUUAAGCACACGGUGUCCGAACAAUUUAAAAAAAAAAGUAAUUUUCAUUUUGUGGGAUCGGGAUGUGUAUUCGAAUCGUAAUGAUUAUGGUAUCUUAGUAUGAAAAUGAAAUAUAUUUUUUGAA